GCCGGCUCUAGGACCCCGCGGAUGACAACUGGGCAGCUGUGCAGCGACUAACCCGGAGCUGCAGUCUGAGUCACCCGCCCCGCCCUCCGGAGCCGGACUCUGAGGGAGGCCCCGGAGCUGCAGAACCAACCGCGGGACCGCCGGACUUGGGAGGUGGACUGAGUCUCAGCCAUGUUCCUGGUUAACUCCUUCUUGAAGGGCGGCGGCGGCGGCGGGGGAGGCGGCGGCCUAGGCGGGGGCCUGGGGAAUGUGCUUGGAGGCCUGAUCAGCGGGGCCGGAGGGGGCGGCGGCGGCGGCGGUGGUGGUGGCGGAGGCGGCGGAGGGACCGCCAUGCGUAUCCUAGGCGGAGUCAUUAGCGCCAUUAGUGAGGCGGCUGCGCAGUACAACCCGGAGCCCCCGCCCCCACGUACACAUUACUCCAACAUUGAGGCCAACGAGAGUGAGGAGGUCCGGCAGUUCCGGAGACUCUUUGCCCAGCUGGCUGGAGAUGACAUGGAAGUCAGUGCCACAGAACUUAUGAACAUUCUCAACAAGGUUGUGACUCGACACCCUGAUCUGAAGACUGAUGGUUUUGGCAUUGACACAUGUCGCAGCAUGGUGGCCGUGAUGGAUAGUGACACCACAGGCAAGCUGGGCUUUGAGGAAUUCAAAUACCUGUGGAAUAACAUCAAAAGGUGGCAGGCCAUAUACAAACAGUUUGAUGUUGACCGAUCAGGGACCAUUUGCAGCAGUGAACUCCCAGGGGCCUUCGAGGCAGCAGGGUUUCAUCUGAAUGAACAUCUCUAUAACAUGAUCAUCCGGCGCUACUCUGAUGAGGAAGGCAACAUGGAUUUUGACAACUUCAUCAGCUGCUUGGUCAGGCUGGACGCCAUGUUCCGGGCCUUCAAAUCUCUUGACAAAGAUGGCACUGGACAAAUCCAGGUGAACAUCCAAGAGUGGUUGCAGCUGACUAUGUAUUCCUGAAUGGGGACCCCAGACCUGCCCCCUCACCACCUUGCUGUAGGAGUUACCUUGGAGCUGCAUUCUCCCGGAUGGCUGAUCCCAUCUAUGUCACGUCUUCAUGGUCCUGGUGACCCACUGGCCUUGUUUUCUCCCAGCCCUUGGCACCUAGCUUUUCCAUCAACAUCCAGGGCCCAACAUGCCCCGACAUGCCAUUCCCCGAGUUAAUACUGGCUCUAAGUCAUGCUAGCAUGCUUUGCCCACCUCUACCACACCCACUUCACACCCCCUCUAUAACCUCUCUCCUUUACUUGUACCAAGCCCCACAUGCCCCAAAGGCCCUCUCACAGUUCUGGAAGGAUCAUUCCAGUCCCUACAUACACGGGCACACCUGUUUUCACAGUUACCACCCAAGGGGCCAAACUGGGCCAUUCCUGGCCCACAUGCCCUAGUGCCUUUGUAUUUUGCUCCCAGCCUGCCAGGCUCAGGAGAAAUAAAUGCACCCAGUUGCUGCUCUC